AUGGACGAAUCGUCAGGUCAGUCAACCCAUGAUGCUUCAAGUUUUUUAAAAUCGAUGGAGACCUUUGAGUUCAUUUUUACCGCAUGUUUGACGCAGUACAUUUUGGCAUUUGUAAGACCAUUAUCGGUGAAUUUACAAGCAAAGGAUUGUGACCUGUUAAGAGCUCAUACCGAAGCACGUAAUGUUACAGAUAUCCUAGCAGCUAUGCGCAACGAAUCUGAUUCCUUUGAAAAACUUUAUGAACGGUCAGUGAAAAUUGCUACACAUAUGAGCAUAACACCUGGAAAACCAAGAAUUGUCGGUAGGCAGAGACAUCGGGCAAAUGCAGGUGAUAACACUUCUGUCCCGGACCACUUCAGGAUUAACUAUUUCUACCCGUUUUUAGAUCACGUGAUACUGCACCUUUCUUCUCGAUUUCCAGAGCAACUUGGGGAUGUUUUACAGGGAACUUAUCUACUACCCAGAAAUCAUGACAAAUUAACUAAUUCCUCAAUUGACAAAAUAAAACAAACAUUUGAAAAUGAUCUUCCGAUGACCAGUCAGUUUGAAACUGAAAUAAUAAGGUGGAAACGAUAUAAUGAAAACAUUAUGAAACCUAUGUCUCUUCAAGAUGGAUUUGACAGAUGUGACCAAAGCUAUUUCCCUAACAUUUGUACCAUAUUCCAGUUAAUUUUAAGUUUACCUGUUGGCUCAUGUUCGUGUGAACGUAGCUUUAGUGCUCUCCGUAGGCUAAAAACAUGGACCAGUUCGUCGAUGAAAAGUAUUCGCUUGAAUGGGUUAGCACUAAUGUAUAUCAACAAAGACAUUGACCUGGACAAAAAUGAAAUAUUAAGACUUUGGAGCUCAUCGGGGAACAGAAGAAUUUCUUUGCCUUUGUAUCCUGAAUAA